AUGCCUGAUCAAUCAGCUGUUCGACUUCUCGAAGAUCUUGCCAAUGAAUUAUUUUACGAUCUUAAUCGUCAUUUGAAUGCUCUAUUGUAUGAUCUCAAGAAGAACUCUCUUGUGAUCAAUGGUGAGAACGAUAAUUUUAAUGAUAUUAAUGUCUAAAUCUAUCUUUUCUUUGUUUUCGUGACACACUUCAUUCAAUGUCCAUUGAGGUAUUGUUUUGGGAAAAAGUUCAACAAUUUGGCAUAUCUCCGAAUUAACUCUGGCAGCAUACAUCGCAUUACAAUGUUUUUUGGGUACGAUUUCGAUGACACACCAAGACAUUAUCAGAACUACCGAGUUUAUUAAUUCAUUCUCUUUCCAGUUUAUAUAUAUGACUACAACGAAAAAGUACCUGAAAUGAAACCGAGCCAUGAAAUUCAAUCUAUUCUAGUUGUAUGAAAAAUUUGAAGCUAAUUUACAUGACAAUGGAAAAUAAAGACAUGUCCCUAUUUCAAACAUUGAUUAGCAU